AUGGACAAUAAUUAUAAUAUAGAACAUGGAAGUGAAGAAUACGAAUCCCAAAGCAACUCUUACGAUUACGACGAUUUGAUUGAAAGAGCUGCAAAAUUGAAUACGCCACCAGCGGUCACAGUAGCAUUUGGAGUCGUAUUUAUGUUACUGAUCAUUAUAGGCAAUGUGUGGGUGAUCAUCGCUGUGUUUCGACAACCCAAACUGAGAAACUCGGCCACAAACCUGUUUAUUGUCUCGCUAUCGGUAUCUGAUCUAAUGAUAGCCAUCUUCUUCAUUCCUUAUCACGUUGGACACUUCGCCUACAAGCUGCCAAUAUCGAGUAGUGUGUUGUGCAAACUGUUGGGUUACCUUCACUGGGCAGCUCAAUGCGGUACCACUUUCUCACUCGUAUGUAUUGGCGCAGACCGUUACCGUGCCAUUGUGCAGCCUAUGAAACCCAAAUUGUCUGUGGAACAUGCUGCGUUUGGUUGUAUAGUCGUUUGGGUGUGCUCACUGGGCUACUCGUCGUUCAAACUGUUUGUAAAUGACGUCAUUACAGAUGUUCAGACGCUUGGUGAUCACAAUAGUACAGUAUAUGAGGUUACGUUUAUGUGUUAUGUGGUAGAUGAAGACACCGACUUCUGGUUUCGCUUAACUGACCUUCUUUUUAUGUAUGUAAUGCCUCUUAUUUUAUUAACAAUUCUGUACUCGAUAAUGGUCGUCACCUUAUGGUUCAGCAAAUCACCAACGAAUGCCAGCAGCCGGAAUAAAAAGAAAGCUGUAAAAAUGCUAUGUUUGGUAGUUCUACAGUUUGCGCUGACAUGGCUGCCAAAUCACACCUUACAAUUCUACUUCACUUGGUCUGAGACAUUUCCAAGAAGCGAAUUUAUAUGGUCCAUUGUCCCUGCAAAUUUGGCAAUUUUCAUCUUUCUCUGUAACAGCUGGAUCAAUCCUUUUCUUUAUGCCUAUUUUAAUGAAAGUUUCAGGAAAGAAUUUAAGAAAUUAUUUCCAUGUUUUUAUAAGUGCCGGGAAUCGCGAAUACAACCAAUAGGCAUAGAAACAGUGGCGAGUGGCAGUAACAGUCAUAGUCGAACCGUCCACAAUGGUAAAACACAGACAACGACUGAGAACGCAAGAUAA